UUCAUCAUUCAUCAAACUACCACCGUUUCAAAUGAGAUCGUGUAUCAUUAUUUCUUUAAUCAAAUGUACUGGCUGCCGCUUCCUCUACCCUCAUUGCUGCUACAUUCUUGCCUAUGUAUUUCAUCCAUCCCUCAGAUCAAAACCAUCAUGUGAUAGGAAUCGACGCUCACAUUCCCACGAUCUGGACGUUUUCUUCUUCCUAGGGGUUUCAGCAAUGGCCGCACCUGUUAGCAUUGAUAUUAAUUUUCGCCAUCUACUCCGCAAGAUCUGCGCUAAAUUUUCACUUAAUCCUCCAAGUUAUGGAAUGACAUUAGAUGUGGACUUGCGAUUUUGUUCUUACGUCGAUGUGGAAAUUCCAAGAAGUAGCCGAAUCAUAGAAGUCAUUACAAGUUGGGGUGCACCGUCGUCGAAUGCUAAUCGUACCAAAAAGGAUGCUGCAAGGAUUGCUAUUGGGAGGCUUCGCAACGAGCUACGCUUUGAAGUUAAGGACACAAAUUACGAGGAAAGAAAAUCUUUAACAGGUUUAUACGAUCAGCUUUGUCACGAUCAUGAAGAGCUUCGCGAUGAAUAUGAAAUGCUUAAGUUAGACUACGACCUUCUCAGAAGGUUCUAUAAUUCUUUGGUCGUAGAAAGGGAUCGAAUUGUCCCCGACUUGGAAGAAAUGAAGGAAAACAUUGAUAAAUGUUUUGAAAUAAUUCACGAGCCCAACGUUGUUCCAAUGGAUGGCGAGUUGGCGGCAAACCCUGAUGAACAUGUGAUGCCGCCUUCUCCAGAUCAUUCGCCUACCGUAUGUGGUCCGGAGCAUACUAUGAUAACCGAUGAGGACCCGGAUGGAACACCGAAGACACCUUUUAACUGCAAAAAACUAAACUUUAUCUUUUUCCUUCCUUCUUUCUCCUUUCCAAAUGGUGUCAUCCUUCCUUAUUCUGAGUUGAUUUUGUUUGCGUCCUUUUAA